UUAUCGAAAAUCUUCACCAGAUCUCCCCACUUCUUUUUUCAGUCCUCUCUUUGUCCCACUUCGUUGCCCCUGAUCCCAAUCUUUUCCAAACUGAAUCUAUCAGCAUCGUUGGUUUUCAUACCUACUUUACCGCCUCUUGAAUUCGUCAGAUUUGAAUAG